CUCUCUGCGCUAUCCUCCACCGAGCCGAAGUGCGGAUCACACGGGCGGGUCAGCGAGCAAACACCGGGGGGAAAAUGGUGAAGGUAACAGUUGUGAAAACUAAGCCGUACACGGACCAGAAGCCCGGCACCAGCGGCCUGAGGAAGCGGGUGACGGUGUUCCAGCAGAACCAGCACUAUGCGGAAAACUUCAUCCAGAGCAUUAUCUCCGUCAUCGACCCCGCCGAGCGCCAGGCAGCCAGCCUGGUGGUGGGAGGGGACGGCAGGUUUUUCAUGAAAGACGCCAUUCAGCUGAUCAUCCAGAUCGCUGCUGCCAACGGGAUUAAUCACCUGGUGAUUGGCCAAAAUGGCAUCAUGUCAACACCAGCAGUCUCCUGUGUGAUCCGCAAGAUUAAGGCCGUGGGUGGGAUCAUUCUAACAGCCAGCCACAACCCAGGUGGUCCCAGUGGAGACUUUGGCAUUAAGUACAAUAUCUCCAGUGGAGGACCUGCCCCAGAGGGAAUCACAAACAAAAUCUUUGAGAUCAGCAAAAGUAUCCAAGAGUACCACAUCUGCCCAGACCUGAAAGCAGACAUAUCCAAGAUUGGCAAGCAGACAUUUGAAGUUGACACCUUCAAGCCAUUCACAGUGGAGAUAGUGGAUUCUGUGGAGGCCUAUGCUGAGAUGCUGAGGGGCAUCUUUGACUUUGCUGCACUGAAGGAACUUCUCUCAGGAGCCAAGCAUAUAAAUGUUCGUCUGGACGCCAUGCACGGAGUGGUUGGUCCCUAUGUGAAGAAGAUAGUCUGUGAAGAACUGGGUUCUCCAGCAAACUCAGCCAUCAACUGUGUGCCCAUGGAGGACUUUGGUGGUCACCACCCUGACCCCAACCUGACCUAUGCUGCUGACCUGGUUAACACCAUGAAGGGGGGAGAAUAUGACUUUGGCGCUGCCUUCGAUGGUGAUGGUGAUCGUAACAUGGUGCUGGGUAAGCACGGCUUCUUCGUUAACCCCUCAGACUCAGUGGCCGUCAUUGCAGCAAACAUCACCAGCAUCCCUUACUUCCAGAAGACUGGUGUCAAAGGGCUGGCACGCAGCAUGCCCACCAGCGGAGCACUCGACAAUGUGGCAAAAACCCUGCACAUGCAGCUGUAUGAGACUCCCACUGGCUGGAAGUUCUUUGGGAACCUGAUGGAUGCCGGAAAACUCUCUCUGUGUGGAGAGGAGAGCUUUGGCACUGGAUCUGAUCACAUCCGUGAGAAGGACGGUUUGUGGGCGGUGCUUGCCUGGCUGUCAAUCUUAGCCACCAGGAAGCAGAGUGUAGAAGAGAUCAUGAAGGAACAUUGGCAGAAGUUUGGCAGGAACUUCUUCACUAGGUAUGAUUAUGAGGAAGUGGAGUCCGACCCUGCUAACAAGAUGAUUAAGGAUCUUGAGACCGUCAUGUUUGACAAAUCAUUUAUAGGGAAGAAGUUGUCAUCAGGUGACAAGACGUAUGAGGUAGCCGUUGCUGACAACUUUGCCUACACGGACCCUGUGGAUGGAAGUGUGUCCAAGAACCAGGGCCUGAGGCUCAUCUUCUCUGAUGGUUCUAGGAUUAUUUUCCGUCUCAGCGGUACAGGCAGUGCUGGGGCAACCAUCAGGCUCUACAUAGACAGCUAUGAGAAGGACCCCAAGAAGAUCUAUCAGGACCCACAGGUGAUGCUGGCUCCCCUGGUAGACGUCGCUCUGAAGGUGUCUCAGCUUCACGAGAAGACCGGCCGUACUGGUCCAACCGUCAUCACAUGAUUCCUCUGCCAGUCUCCGAUUGCACCCCCCCCUCCCCGCCCUCCGCUCCAGCCCCAACAACAGGAUACCUCCGUCCCCUCCGUGGUGAAGCUGCCCCCGAGUGCUGAAACGGUUUCAGUUUUCUGUUCUUAUUGCCAACCAGAGAUGGACGGACUAGCAUUUGAAUUACAUAAAAAUAUGUGCAGAGCACUUAAUUUGUCUUGCUCUGAAAAUGAUGUGUCUUAAAAUGAGUCAGCCAGUAUAGAUGGAGUACGCCUGGGGUGACAGCUGAAACCGUAGUCAAAUAUGAGUCUGUCCAAGUCUUUUGUCUCAGAUUUUUUCCCGUAAAGUGGAGAAACUGCUGAACUGAUCACAAAUCAGCAGCAAGGGGCAGCUUCGUCCCACUCCUCUCUGUCCCACGUGUCCUUUACCGAUUUGGUGCCUUCCCAUCCUCUGACCUUCACCAACACCAAAUACCCUCACAACCUGUACCGUAAAGCCACACGUAAAGUCUUGAGAACUAACGCAUCACUCGUAAAUUAAACAACCAUUCAAAAAAAAAAAA